CUUGACAUUACUGCGAUGAAAUUGAGUACUAUUUCAUAAUUAGUGAUAAACUUAUCAAAAUGACCAACAAAUUACCGUAUUUUACCGAGGGAAAUGUCGUUAAAGGUUUUGGCCGAGGAAGUAAAGAAUUAGGGAUCCCAACAGCAAAUUUUCCAAUUGAAAUAGUUCAGCAACUACCAGAAGAAAUAACUGCUGGGGUUUACUAUGGAUGGGCACAAGUUGAUGAGGGGCCAGUCUUCAAGAUGGUCAUGAGUAUAGGAUGGAAUCCCUACUACAAAAACACAGUUAAAUCCAUGGAGACUCACAUCAUUCACAAGUUCAAGGAGGACUUCUAUGGCAGCAACUUGAAAGUCUGCAUGCUGGGGUUCAUCAGACCGAUGAGAAACUUUUCUGGUCUUGAUGAGCUCAUAUCAGCCAUUAACAAGGAUAUAUCUGACUCCGAAGAAGCAUUAGACAAGCCGGAAAACAUCAAAAUAAAGACAGACAAUUUCUUUGCCACAAAAUCGAGAAACACGCAAUCAAGCAGUGGAGCAACAUGCUGUAUAUGACGAUAAAAUGUGUAGAAAUAUAUAAACUGUAAGAUAGUUGUGAUAGAACAUCUCAUUUGUUCACAUUUUGUUUGACAAUCUCUAGAUAUGUUUGGCAAAGUGUGUAUCUAUAGAUCUUAAGGGAGCAAUAUCAACAGAUUUAUUUUUUUAUUUGAAAACAUUGUAUGUUACAUAGUAUUUAUAUUUCAGACCUUAAUUACUUAGAAUAUAUGAAUUUAAAAAGUAAUGAAGUGUGUGUGCGUGCGUGUGUUCGUGUUUGUGUGUGUGAUUUAGCUUAAUUUAUUACCGAGAGAUGUUCAAAUAGCAAAGGCUGAAAUAGAUCAAAUAGCAAAGGCUAUACAGUGGUCAAAAUUAUCACAAGCCUUAUUUCUAGGCAUAUAUAGUAAAGCGUACAUGUAUGUUAGGCUAUUUUCCUGUUUUCAUGAAAGUCAAGAAUUGUUACAAUUCACCCAAAGAUUUUUUGGCUUCUGUUACUGGACCUGUAUUCACUAAAGUCCUGAGACUGAGUUUCAGACUCGUCCUGAACCUGAGUUUCAGACUCAUAGUGAACCUGAGUUUCAGACUUAUCCUGAACAUGAGUUUCAGACAUUAGACUCAAAAGUGUUUUUCUUAAUUUUAUUGUAGAACUGUUAGGACUCAUGCAUUGAUAGUAUAAAUAGCUGUAUGUGUUGAAACUAUCAGGUUUUACUACAAUAUACAGGCCAUUGUUAAAAAAAAAUUUUUUUACAGAAUUAUUUAUUUUGGACGAAUUGGAGAAUAAUGAAAAAAGCUACUUAAGCCUGUUAAAAUAAAGAAGUCACAAAAACUUGGACAGAGGGCUAUGACACAAUUUUAAUGAUCUUAUUUCAUUUGCAUACAAUUUGGCGAGCUUUUCCAAAAGACUUCCAUUACAGUAAAUAUUUGACCAAUUGUAAAACAUAGCUUAUGGUGCUCAACCCAUGAAUUAUUUUGCCAUCUUUCAAUGAAACAAACAAUUAUCCUUAUAUGUACUUUUUGUCAUUUGGAGUCAACUUUGUAUCAUCAUUGUGUGUAUAUGUGUAUUUAUUUAUUCCUAUCACGGACCUAUAGGUCCCUGUUUCUAUGUGUCAUUACCUGUACUGCCAAAAACAAGUGAUGAAAUGAUAGUUUGUUAAAAAUAUUGCAAAAUACCGUGUUUAUGAACUGUUUUUAACUUGGAAGCCUUACUUCUGUUUUUAUUAUAAACAUUCAGUUUGAAUUGUUUCUUUUAUCACAUUUGUUUGGGCCUAUCUCAAUAAAGGGUCAGUUGUAGUCGGUCCUAGUUGUACAUGUACAAUUGUAGAUGGAAAGUAUUUUUGUGAAGAUACAGCUGAACUGCCCGAAGGAUGUCUAUGUUAAGAGCAACAGCUGUAUCUUCACAAAAAUACUUUCCAUCUACAAUUGUACAAGAUUAAAUUUUAUUCAUUAUUUUGUAAUAUAUUUUAUCGAAUUGAAUUUGGCCAGUUUUAAAAUAAUACAUUAAAGCUGCACACACACAGAUUGAAGUUUUUUUGACUUGGAACGAGCAGUUUUUUGCGUAAAUAACUGGAAACCAGUGAUAAAAGACUGCUGACAAAAGAUCAGAUCGCAGAUUUUCAUAUUUCCUCUCCAAAAUUGAUGUUUUAUGUAAUUUUCUUAAAACUGUUAUUAACAGUUUAAGCCAUAAAACAUGAAAUUUGGAAUGGAAAUAUGAAAAUCUGCGAACUGAUCUUUUGUCAACAGUCUUUUAUCACUGGUUUGCAGAUAUUUAAGAAAAUAUUUGCUCAUUCCAAGACAAAUAAUGAAAAAGCUGGAAAAACAGUAAAUCUUUGAGAGUGCAGCUUUAAGUUAAGAAAAUAAAUAAUAAAUCAAUUUGUCGCUAUUUGUGUGGUUAAAGUAGCGAUAUAAGAUUUUUGAGGUUACAACUAAGUCUUAUAAAUGAAACUGGCCCAAAAAGUCUUAAUCGGCUUAUUUUGAAGAGUUAUAUAUGAUUCUAUUGUUACAUGAUUCUAUUGUUACUUGUCAAUGAUAUAUGUUUUAUUCUUGUUUAUUUUAUAGUUUAUAUCUUCUAAUAAACAUGCUUAUGGCUUUAAACAGUUGUGUAUAUGGGUUAAUAAGUAUAUAAAGCUUGAAUGGGUAACAAAUUUAGUCAGAGCAGUUCUCAGACUUGAUGAUAGCAUUUUCACUUCAAGUACACUUAAAUUAUUCCAGCCAUAUUUUGCAGCAAUAUGAGGAAGGAAUCUUCAAGUAUUAUUAUACACAUAUAGCUUCAUGUUUGUGGCAAAGCUACCUUUGGCCGUACUUGAUAUACUUAGGCCAAUUGUAUUAGACUAAGAACAUUGUUAAAAUUAAAACAUUUAGGGCUAUUCCAUUUAACCAUAAAAACCCCGGGGAAAAGGCACUUUUAAAUGAUGCCACCCCCCUACAGAAGCAAAUUUACCCUUGUGGGGUCCAAAAGAGAAAAAAAAGACACUCACCUAUAUACUCUUAAAAUAUUUGCCUUCCCCCCCCCACCCCGUGGGUUUAAUGUGUUACUGGAAUAGCCCUGAAUGUAUCAUUGUCAACUUUCAAAUCUUUAAUAGUCUGAAGGGUUCAUGGACACACAUGUGACCUGCGAUUUCCAAUCACAAAUAUUGAUAUACCUGAUUCAGCUAUGCUUGUUGUUAUGCCCCCCUUCGAAGAAGAGGGGUAUAUUGCUUUGCACAUGUCAGUCGGUCGGUCGGUAGGUAGGUCGGUCCGUCCUUCCGUCCGUCGGUAGACCAAAUCUUGUCCGAGCGAUAACUCAACAAUUCCUGGACGUAUGGUCAUCAAACUUAAGAUGAAGGUUGGGCCUGACCAGUAGAUGAACCCUAUUGAUUUUAGAGCUCAUCGGGUCAAAGGUCACAGUCACAGUGACCUUUAAUGGUAAAAGAAUUUUAAAGCUUGUCCGAGUGAUAUUACUCAACAAUGCCUAGACCUAUAGUCAUCAAACUUGACUUGGAGGUUGGGCCUGACCAGUAGAUGACCUCUAUUAAUUUAAGGGGUCAUUGAGCCAAAGGUCAAGGUCACAGUGACCUUGAAUGGUAAAAGGUUGUCUGAGUGAUAACUCGAUAAUGCCUGCACCCAUGGCCCUCAAACUUGACUUGGAGGCUGGGCCUGACCAUUAGAUGACCUUUAUAAAUUAAAGGGGUCAUUGGGCAAAAGGUCAAGGUCACAGUGACCUUGAAUGAUAAAAGGUUAUCCGAGUGAUAACUCAGCAAUGCCUGCACCCAUGGCCCUUAAACUUGACUUGGAUGUUGGGCCUGACCAGUAGAUGACCCCUAUUGAUUUUAGGGCUCAAAGGUCAAGGUCACUGUGACCUUGAAAGUAAACUCGACAAUACCUGGACCUAUGGUCAUCAAACUUGACAUUAAGGUUGGGUCUGACCAGUAGAUGACCCUUAUUGACUUUGGGGGUCAGAGUGUCAAGGUCACAGUAACCUUUAACGUUACAAAAAUCUAACAAAUCUUUUCCCAGUGAUAUCUCAACAAUGCCUGAACCUAUGAUCAUCAAACUUGAUAUGUCAUCUUUGUUAACUUUUUUGCUAUGGCAGUUAAAUGGAUGCACAGGUAAUCUGCAGUAUUUCUAACCAGAUUUGGGACAACUUCACUUGUUUUUUUAUGCAUAUUUAUGAUCAUAAUAUGAACUCUUUCACUUUUAACAGUUAAAAAUGAUAUUGUUUAUGGUGUUAAUGUUUACAAAGUUGAAGAAAUGGCCAAAUGUUAAUUAACAUGUGUAUACUAAAACAAGCAGUCAUUUUCUAUGUAUCAUUUUAUUAUUUAAGCUUGAUCAUCCGUACACAAAAAAAACUAGAUCCACAAAAAAAUAGAUCCAUGUUUUUUCUCCAUAAAUUGCAUAUUAAUAUAUGUAUAAUAUUUUAAUAAACAUUCCAUGAUAAUAAACAACUGUAGAUAAAAACAAGUCUUGAAAAUGCUGUUUGUUGUUACUGGCCAUGUAUUUGCUGAUAUUGCCAAUAAACCGUCAACUGUU